GAAAAGACACCGAUAUGUAAACAAAUUUUAAGGUUAUGGUUAUUUUCAAAAAAAAAGUAAAAAGCAACAAAAUCGUGUUUUUGAAUUUUAUUUAUAUUCAAAUUUACAUCAAAAAGCCCCUAUUGGUAAAAAAUAUUCAAAAAAUAGCCCCCCAAUGGCCUUCUGUAAGCCCCUUAAAAAAGACCUAUUCCGCCUCAAUUCCUGGCUCAAAUCUAAGAGACUCUAUUACGAAAUUCGUCCUAGGAGCAAGGUGAAAUUAUUCGCCCCAAAUCCUGAUAAAAAGCCCCCUUUUACAAGAAAAGUAGCCCCCAAAGUGCCUAGCAGCGAAAUUACACAAAUAGGCCCCAGGCUCAACGCUAUGGGCAUUCAAAUGCUCUCAAAACGUAUUUACGAACAAGUUUUUUUGGGAGAAUCUCCUAAUGUUGACAAAAUCAACAAAAAAAUCAUUGAACAUAGCAAAAAGGAACUCGAAAAGCACCAGAUAAUGGUAGAUAGUUCAACAAUCUUACCAGAAGUAGACUUCAAAUUGCCUCCUCUAAAAGGCAAAAACAUUGAAGAGCAUUUCUGGAAUAUUGGCCAAGAGCAAACUGAAAACUACAAAAAACUAGUAAUUGAUUUAAUUGAAAAUAAAAUCCCAGAGCCCCCUGAAGAGUGGCUAAUGCAACCUGGCUGGACCCGCUACAUUACAGGGUUAGAGCCUCAAAAAGUUGACUUUCCCUUAGAAGAAGCUCUAGUUUUUGACAUAGAAGUUUGCCUAAUGGCAGGAAAAAUGCCUAUUUUAGCCACAGCUGUGAGUAAUAAAGCUUGGUACGGGUGGGUGAGUGAAUUGUUGAUUGAUAAUUCAUCAAACACUAUAAGCAAUUGCCAAUUAAGUGGUUUGAUUCCCUUGGAAAGUCAAAAUCCCAAAAUUAUCAUUGGUCAUAACGUGUCUUAUGACCGUGCAAGAAUAAAAGAGCAAUAUUUGCUUGAGAAAUCCAAAACUCGUUUUCUAGACACCAUGAGUUUGCAUAUAAGUGUGUCUGGUUUAACUAGCUAUCAAAGAGCCAUCAUGAAAUCCUCAAAGCUCAAUGAAGAUGAUGAAUAUUUGUCUAAAAAUAGCUCCCUUAAUAAUUUGGCUGAUGUCUAUAAGCUUUACUGUCAAAAAACUUUAAGCAAGGACACUAGAAAUAUAUUUGUUGAAGGCUCCCUCACAGACAUCAAAGAAGACUUCCAAAAAUGCAUGAAAUAUUGUUCAGGAGAUGUCACUGCUACCUACAAUGUUGUUAAAGAAUUAUUUCCACUUUUUCUGGAUAGAUUUCCACAUCCAGUUACUCUAAGCGGAAUGUUAGAACUAGGCACAGCCUACUUGCCAAUAAACAGCAACUGGACAAGGUAUUUGGGAGAUAGUGAGCAAGCAUUUGAAGACUUGGAGCACGAAAGUCGCAUAAUUUUAGCUCAGAAAGCCAACGAAGCUUGUCAGCUGUUGCACGAUGAAGAGUUCAAAGAGGAUUUGUGGAUGUGGGAUGAAGAUUGGGAUGUGAAAUCAAUUAAAAUGAAGAGUAGUUUUAAGAAGAGUGUUGGAAAGGUGGAGGAAGCGAUGAAAAAAGAAGAGGAAGAUGAAGAAGUGGAUGAGUUGGAAGAGAAAUUUCGGGAUUUGUGGGAGACUAGGGAGCUGUUGCCAAAAGUUAAAACUUUGUUGCCAGGAUAUCCUAACUGGUACAGAAAACUGUGCACUAAAUUCGACCAAGCUCCCGACGAUUGGGUUCCCGGUCCUCACUUGCUCAGCACCUCCAUGAAAAUUACCCCUAAACUUUUAUCGCUCACUUGGGAGGGUUUCCCUCUUCACUAUUUAAAAGACAAAGGGUGGGGGUUUCUGGUACCAUUUUCCGAUGACCUCGACUAUGCCCGCAAGCUACCCUUGAAGCAAUUGUUGGAAAAGUGUCCGUUGUUGAAUGAGAAACGUGACAAUGAGGUCAAUGGGAAAGAAGCGUUGAAAAAUAUUGUCAAAAGUGUGGAUGAGCAUUUGAUGAAAAAGGAGUUUUAUAAUAGGUUGAAAAAAGAUAAAACAGGAGGAUUGUAUAAGGGUUCUGGCCUAUGGUGCAACACCGAAAUAGAAGAUUGUUGCUGGUUUUUCAAGCUUCCCCACAAAGACGGUGCCAGUCAUAAUGUAGGCAAUCCUUUGGCUAAAGAUUUUCUAACAAAAUUCUCUGAAAACGUUUUGGCUGGAGACUCUGUCAGCGCCGAAGAGGUUUUGUCAAUUGCCCGCAAGUUGUCUUAUUGGCGCAACAAUCGUGCAAGGAUUUUAGAACAAAUGGUCUUAUGGUUGGGUGAGGAAGACCUGCCAGGUGUGAUGAAAAAUUCAGGAAUGAAUUUUGGAGCAAUUAUUCCUCAAGUGGUUGUUUGUGGGACUUUGACGCGUAGAGCCAUGGAACCCACUUGGAUGACAGCGUCGAAUGCUGAUAAGGAACGAGUAGGUAGCGAACUCCGUGCCAUGGUCCAAGCACCACCUGGAUACAGUAUUGUAGGAGCGGAUGUUGAUUCGCAAGAAUUGUGGAUUGCCAGCGUGCUAGGUGACGCUCACCACGCUAAAACUCACGGUUCCACUCCCUUGGGUUGGAUGACAUUGUCUGGUACUAAAGCCAAAAACACUGACAUGCACAGCGUCACAGCUCAAGCAGUUGGAAUAUCGCGCAAUCACGCCAAAGUAAUCAAUUACGCUCGUAUUUAUGGUGCAGGUCAACAAUUUGCCGAACGCCUAUUGGCCCAAUUCAAUCCCGCAAUGAGCCAAUCGGAGGCACGCAGCAAAGCUCAAAAAAUGUUCAAUUUGACCAAAGGCAAAAAGAUUUACGAACUAAGACCAGAAUAUUUAAUAGAUUUUCCAGAAAAUCGCUAUUUUGGCAAAUGGCAAGCGUUCGAAAUGGCAAAAUUGCACAAUAAAACCUUGGAGGAAAUGUUUGUGGAUACCAAGUGGGUAGGAGGAACAGAGUCAGCAAUGUUCAACCGCUUGGAACAGAUUGCCAAUAGUCCGCAACCUACAACCCCAUUUUUGAAUGGCCGUCUUACUAGAGCUUUGGAAAUUAAAGAUGGCAAAUAUUUGACUACACGAGUCAAUUGGGUAGUCCAAUCGGGAGCGGUGGAUUUCCUGCAUCUGAUGCUCAGCUGCAUGAAAUGGAUUAUGGGUGACAAGAUCCGUUUCUGCAUAAGCUUCCACGAUGAAGUGCGCUAUUUAGUGCCUGAUCGAUACAAAUAUCAAGCAGCGCUUGCACUGCACGUUGCCAACUUAAUGACGCGAAGUUUUUGUGUAACGAAAUUAGGCCUCAACGACUUACCACAUUCGGUAGCGUUUUUUUCAAGCGUCGAAGUAGAUAAAGUGCUAAGAAAAGAAUGCGACAAUGACUGUGUGACUCCAAGUAAUCCUCACGGAUUGCAUAAAGGAUAUGGAAUAGGGACUGGAGAGGCCUUGGAUAUUUAUAAGGCUAUUGAAAAAGCCAAUGGACAGUAUUCUUGGUGGAAUAGUCAGCAGACAGACAAGAGAUAGUGGGCAUUGGGGCACUAAAUCAUGUCAAGAGCAACUAAACGCAAACACGUCCUCCUUGAAGCCUUACAAGAUGACUAUUCACUUCCUACUCCAACUCAGCAAAUUGUCAAAAUCGUUAGCAGUAAGGGCAAUAAUUUACACGAAGUCGAAUCCGCAGAUAAAUCCACUUUCCUAGCUUCAAUGCCGACGAAAUUCCGUAAAAACGUGUGGGUGAAACGUGGCGAUUUUGUGCUAGUCGAACCCAUAGAAGAAGGUGACAAAGUUAAAGCGGAAAUUGUUAGGAUUUUGACGAAAGAACAUCAGAAGUAUUUUAAAAAAGACAAUGUUUGGCCUAAAGAAUUUACAAAUGGAAAGGAAGAAGAUAACAAAGAUGAGGAAUCUGAUUUGUUUGAAAACACCAACAGGCCUGUGAGAGAUGAGGAUAGCAGCAGUAGUGAAGAGGAAGAAGAGGAUAGUGACAGUAGUGGGGAUGAAUAUACUUUGGAUGAACAUGAAGCAAAAUCUAAUUAGUGUUUUUUAUUAUAAAUUUUUUACAUACAAAUUUGUUUUGUUUCCUAGAUGGGGUAAAGAGUAUUUGCAAUUCAAGAUUAUUGGGAAUUUUUCUUAACUGCUUUUGUGUGCAGGAAACGUAUCACUUUGCACACUUAUGUGGAAAAUAACUAUGUAUGUUAUUAGUCUUUUCACCUCAUGGGGUGUUGAAAAUAAGUCGGAAAAGUCAUCUUUGGAUGUGAAAUGAGAUAGACAAGAACUAUUAAUCCAGGUUUGGAAAUCUUCAAGGGCUAUUAGUGAAGGAAAUUAGUAAGAAAAGUAAACAUACAUUAGACAGCAACAUUAGAGGUGUUUCAAAGACAAAAAAAAAUUUUGAAAUUUGACCAUUUUGAACAUGAAUUUCCGAAAAUUUUGAAAAGUCAUAACUUUUUUUCUAUUAUAGAUAGAAAGCUGAAAUUUUCAAGUCAUGGGAUUGGUAGGUAUACUUCUUAAGGCUUUUGAGAAAAUAUAAAAACAUUAAAAAAUCAUUUUUAAUUAUUUUAUUGUACUAGGAAUAGCUAAAGGUGUAUACUUAAAUAAAAAUCAAAGUAUUCAUUUAUCAUUGGCAAAAUCUGCAGGAUUCUUUUUCAUGAGCCUGUGGUGCUCGGUCUCUACCCAGUCAUAGACAAGGUAGCCUAUGGCUAGUGCUAGAAAGAAAGAAAAAUACAUUUUAGGCCCAUUUUAAUAGUGAAACAAAGUAAAAAAACUUACGUGGUACGGAAUAGGGUAUACUCUCGAGUAUUCUACGUGCAGUAUUGGGAAAACCAUGGGAAAUAGCACCUGCGAAAGGUUUCAAUUCAAACGGGGACAGCCUGUAAGUGAUGAUGCCCCGGAAUUUCCAUAAAUGCCCGAAACCGUGACCCAUUUUUUACCUGGAAAAUUUAAGGUUGUUAUGUAACGAGAAUAAAUUUUUCAUUUAUUUGAUUUUUAGGAAAAUACUUGAUUUUGGUUGGUUUAAGCUGCCAAUAGUCGGUUUUUCACCUGGGGUUUGUUGAAAUUUGCCUCAAAAGUGUAGAAAAACGGCCCCAAAACCAAGAAGCCCCACCGAGAAACUCUUUUCUGAUUCUGACAGAUAAAAUUUUGUUAGGUUAAG